CUUGUAGCGUCAUGAUCAGAUGCUCCCUCAAAACUUGCCGUUAUCAAUACAAGCAGUAAACAGAGUUAUAGUAAACAGAUACGCUGUUUCUAAAAAGAUCGGAAAUGGAACUUUUGGGACAGUUUUCUUGGUCGAGGACAAUUUCAAGAACAAAGCAAAGAAAGUGCUAAAAGAGAUAUGCAUCGGGGAGAUGAACGAACACGAGACUCAGUCAGUCGACAGAGAAGCCAACUUACUUUCCAAGUUAAAUCAUCACAAUAUCGUUCGGAUGUUCGAGAGUUUCGUUAACGAGGAAUCUUUUUACAUUGUAAUGGAAUACUGUGAGAUGGGAGACUUGGACAGGGAACUGAAGAUUUGGAAAACUAAAGGAGUUUUAGUCCCCCAGGACCAAACUUUGGACUGGUUUGUUCAGCUGAUAAUGGCGGUUCAAUACAUCCACUCUCAGAAAAUGUUGCACCGUGACUUAAAGUGCAAGAACGUCUUCCUCACCAAAAACAAGACUGUUAAAGUUGGAGAUUUCGGCAUAUCCCGCAUCCUUACAUCAACCGAGUACGCCAGCACAUUUACUGGCACUCCUUACUAUAUGUCACCUGAGGUUAUCAAACACGACGGCUACGGCAGCAAGAGUGAUAUUUGGUCGCUGGGUGUGAUUCUGUACGAGAUAUGCGAGUUAAAACGAGCGUUUGAAGGGAAGAACCUGAUGAGUGUAAUGAUGAGGAUCAUCCAGGGUAAACUUCCCACUUUAUCUUCUGAGCGGGGCCAGCUAGCUCCUAUCUUCAUCAAGAUGUUAACACAGGACCCCCACGAGCGUCCUUCCUCCUCCCAACUUCUCACUGAACCCAUCAUAGCUGCCCACGUGUCCUUACUCCGCAAACGUUUACACAGCAAGAAAAGGGAGCGGAAUGUCAGUAGUGCUUCCUCUCAGACGAGUGUGGAGAGUGGAAUAGGAAAUAGGAAGAUGACUGCUAGGGAACGGAUGAGGCUAGAAAAGCAAAAGCGAGCAGACGAGUCUGCGGAGCAGCUACGCCACGCAGCAACAGAGAACUUUGCAGCUAACCGUGCACGAACCGCCGCGCGGAGGGAGAGGGAACACAACCGCCCUAAUAUCAUUCAACAAAGCAGCCCUUCCCUCGGCCUCGAGAUUAAGGCUAUAAAUCCUAGUGUAAUAAAGCACGACAGAGAUUUCCGCUACAGUCCCAAAUCCCAAUCGCCCGGUUCGAAUUCCCAAUCCCCCAGCUCACGUCGACCUAUGACUGCCAUACACCCCGAACCACGUAAACGAGUACCUACCCCCAAAAUCGCUAAAAACGAAGUUGACCGCCAGCUUGAAGCGAUCGAGAAGUCUUUAGAGUAUGCAAAAGCGGAGUCACUAUCCAAAGCCAUCAGAGAGAGUCAGGGUCUGGGUAAUGUGGUUGAGGUGGACGGUAAUCCUGAUAAAACUCCCGAUUCAGAUGAGGAUGAACUCAAAGAUAAAACCAGCACACCCAGCCCAAAUUCGUCCAACUCUAACUCUACAAUAGACGAUUUUGUAGGUCAGUUAGAGCAACACUGCAACAAUUCUAGUAGCUCUCCCUCUGAGGACCCCUUGUUGUCACUUCACAAAUCAGAGCAGCUCGCUUCCAGUGUAACCACUUCUGAGGACCCCUUGUUCCAAAUCAAAUCGGAGCUCCUAGCAACAGGAGCCAGUGCUGCAGAGCUCCUAGCGACAGGAGCCAGUGCUGCAGAUCCCACUUCAAACACAUUAUCAGAUAGUUCUGACAGUAUCGAGGAGGCACUCUUGUUUGAGACUGCGGACGAGGUUUGCCUUCUCGACAUCAGCAAUCUGGAGAUGACUUCAGUUUCUCAGAUUCCCGAAAACGAGGAUGACGCGAAUACUUUUUAUUCGUUUGAAGAUUUUGAGGAAGAAGUCCAGCAGACACCCGACGAGGAACUGGAGUCUCCUAUUUUUACUGACUCCAGACUUUUCAAACGAGCCUCGAGUCUUGAUUUGAAGUCUAGAAAAACUGCCAGCCAGUUGCUUAACCUCAGCCUUCCUCUAAACUCUAAUUCUGAUCCUAUGGCUAAUUUUAACUUAUCGGACAUGUCGGAUUUGCAUUUAUCAGAUGUUUCACAAGCAUCAGAUCUAGAUAGAUCAUUAUCACACGUUUCCCAAUCAUCCGAACUGGACAGAUCAAAUGUCUUGGACAGAUCAGAUCCCAAUAUUUCAAACACCUCAAACAAAUCCGACUACACCAAAUCUUCAACCAUCGUGCUGCGAAGCGAUAGAAUCAGGACACUUCGUGCUAAAUGUGAACAGAGACUGGGACCAAAUCUUUUUAACAAGAUAUACUGUUACCUGGAGGACGCUAGGUUCGGGGAAGAUAUCGUGUCGGAAGAGAUAAUUGUUAGCACUCUGAGGAGUUGGGUUCCGGAGUUCACUUCCGACUGUUUUUCUGUUGAUCAGCUCAUUUAUUUGGAGAAACAAGAAAUGUUGGCCAGUAACAAAUUGGAUAUGUUGUAGUUAAAAGUAGUGUUUAGGAUGGAAUUGUGUAAAUAGCACUGUUAACUUUUCUUAUCAAUAACUUAAAAAUCCGAAUACAGCAGGUUGUGAGGUUGUGUAGGUAAAUAUUUUUAGAUGACAGAACUUUAAACUUUGACAGAAUUUUGAAUGACAGAUAUUAUAGCAGAGCAUGUUUAAAUAGUGGAUUUGUUUCUGUUGAGCAGAAAAUUGUAAAUUGUAAGAUUAAUUUCUGUGAAGAAUAGGGUUUUGCAGUGUAAACAGUAACUUUGAUUUAUCAAAAUAGAGGUAUAUUUUAUAAAUGUAUAAACCAACUACAUUUUAAUUUUACGUUUAUCACAUCAUUAUAUUAUUAUGUAACUGUGUAUAGAUAAUCAUCACAAAUGUAAAUAAGCGUUGAAUUUUAUAAUUUUCUCGAUCACGUAAUAUUGAUGAUAGAAUUCGAUUCCAAUGGUUACCUAUGGUUAUGGUAUUGCGGCGUCCCAUUAAGUAAAAUGAUCCGAAUCUUAACUAAUCUUCCAGCAAAGCUCAACUAUUCUUUGUUUUUAAACCGGAACUCGUGAUUUGAGAAUGAGCCGAGAUGGAAGACGUUUCAUAAUUGGAUAUUAAAGGUUAUCUUUUCUGAGUAUGGAUUGUUAUUGGUAUUUCUUGUCCAGCUUUUGAUUUACAACUGCAACUGUGACCUGAUCA